UGUGUGAUGAGGAAGACGCCGAAAGAAGUGGUCUGGAACGGCAUUAAACUCCCUGCUGAUACACUUAUUAAUGUUUGCAUUAUGAACCUGGCGAGACAGAAGGAGUAUUUCGAAAGCCCAGAAGAAUUUAUGCCGAGCCGAUUCUUAGGUGGAGACAACAACAAUAACAUGUACAUCCCAUUCUCCCUGGGUCCAAGGAAGUGUAUCGGGAAGCAGUUUGCUAUGAUUGAGGCUCAGGUUGCCAUGGCUAAGUUGAUAAAGAAUUUCACCUUUGACCUCGUGCCAGGUCUGAGUUUCGACUAUGUAGCUAGCGUGACCAACAAGCCAAAGGAUUCGUGUCGAGUAUACGUCAAACCGGCCGCACCUAGGUCUGACAUAAUAUCCAAUGUCUGACAUAAUAAAAGAAGUUGAGUAAAAUAUGAAACAAAAAAUCUAGAGAACAGAUGUUUGUUUCUUUUCUUGACGUACAAUCGAAAUGUUAUCACAACAAAUGCUUUUUUUCUGUUUUUAUUUCGUUCCUUUUCUGGUGUUAUAACUCUGAGUAAGCUUCCCAAAAAGUGUAGGAAGUAUUUUCAUUUUAGAAAAGAGUUUGUUGAAGUGUUUAACUUUUUUUAAAUAGAUAUCCACCUGAAAUGUAGUUAGUGUUAAAACUGUAAUACUGUAAUGUGGUCGUGACCACAGCAGGCGUGUAUUAAGGGGUGUGGAUUUAAAGGCACUAGACAAUAUUGAUAAGUACCUUUAAUUAAGGGUUCGCAUGCCGGGAAGUGUGACACCAGAUGUUCAGGCUAGCCCUAGCCUAGACUGGUCCUCUUUCGUUAUCCAUAAGGGUUCGCAUGCCGGGAAGUGUGACACCAGAUGUUCAGGCUAGUUUUUGCCUAGACUGGUCCUAUUUCGUUAUCCAUAAGGGUUCGCAUGCCGGGAAGUGUGACACCAGAUGUUCAGGCUAGCCCUAGCCUAGACUGGUCCUCUUUCGUUAUCCAUAAGGAUUCACAUGCUGGGAAGUGUGACACCAGAUGUUCACGCUAGCCCUAGCCUAGACUUGUCCUCUUUCGUUAUCCAUAAGGAUUCACAUGGUGUGACACCAGAUGUUCAGGCUAACCCUAGCCUAGACUGGUCCUCUUUCGUUAUCCAUAAGGGUUCGCAUGCCAGGAAGUGUGACACCAGAUGUUCAGGCUAGCCCUAGCUUAGGCUGGUCCUCUUUCGUUAUCCAUAAGGGGUUCGCAUAACAGGAAGUGUGACACCAGAUGUUCAGGCUAGCCCUAGCCUAGACUGGUCCCCUGAUGUCAGAUGUUUAAAACAUGGUCUCGCUGCAUGACUGUAUCAUCAGAAGGCUUACCGAAAUGUGUAUUGUACUUUUAGAUAAUGAUGACAGUGUUGUGUUUGGGUACAAUUCAGUCGAGUGUAAUACUACUCGAUUACGAGUACUUGGGCCAUCGGUUCAAGUGUCCAGGUAUAUACAAAGUAGUAAUCCGAGUACAGAGUUCAACAGCCGAGUACCAGGCACUUGGAUCUGAAGAGUACGAGUCUGAGUACUUUAAAAAUAAAUUUCUGCGAAAUCAGAUACCAGAAUUACUUUUUCUAAUUUCUAGGUGACAGUAUGUAAAUUUUUAUUGUAAUCCUGAAUACAUAGACAACUUUAUUUCUCUAUUUUUUUAAACUUGAUAAUUUUGUUAAGUAUUGUGAUGUGGUUGUUGUGGCACAAUGGUCUUUAAGUAGAUAGUGAAUACUGUGUGCAAAGUUUCAAAAUAUUAUUUUUUUGUAAUUUUGUAAACCACAUUGGUCUUAAUGGGUAAGUUAUUAUCAUUCAACAUCUUACAAAAGUAUUGGGGAUAACAUUUGACUAAAAUUGAAACACCGUGUUAAAAUAAAUGUUGAGUUUCGAUUGAA